AUGAACCAGCAGUCGCGCAUCCAGCGUCUUCUCGAGGACGUCCUCGUGCAGCCCGGCAACGACAAGUGCGCCGACUGCCAUGCGCCCUCGCCGCGCUGGGCGUCGACAAACCUCGGCAUCUUCCUCUGCGUGCAGUGUGCGUCCCAGCACCGGCGACUGGGCACGCACAACUCGCGCGUCAAGUCUGUGACGCUCGACGAGUGGACGCGCGAGCAGGUUGUGCACAUGCGCUCGAUUGGAAACACGAAGAGCAACGCCAUCUUCAACCCCGAUGAGCGCCGGCAUCCCCCGCCCCUGCAAGUCGGCGAGGAGCGCGACAGCGAGCUCUUCAAGUACAUUCGGAGAAAGUACGAGCUGGGCGCCUUCAAGGCGGGCGCGGCGCCGGCGCUCUCGCAGGUUCCGAUCAACUCGCGCGUGACCCAGCAGCAGGCGCGCAACGUCUCUGGUGGCGCGCAGUCGAUCCGCAGCAACCACACUGGCAGCACCAAGUCGCCGGCCACGCCGACAUUUGGCACGCAGCCGUUUGCCCCCAAGGCCCCGCCGAAACGCCCCGAGCUCGCUGACAUUGUGGUGUCUCGCGAGCGCGAUCUGCCCGCCCUUCCCAGCCCCCCGCCAAAGCCGAAGACCACUGGCCUCGCUCCGCCCCCAACUCGUGCUAGGGCCCCGACAUGGAGCGGCGACGGCCUCGCCCCGCCUCGUCCCACGCCCGUGAGGAGCAGCAGCGCAAACGCCCUGCGCCAGAAUGACCUGCUCGUCGACACUUCGGGCAGUUCGAGCGCGACCCGUCCCCUGCAGCUCGGCGGCUUCCCGGCAGUCCCCUAUCAGUCGCCCCAGCAGCCGGGCAUGCCGCCAAACGCGACGCCGGGCUUCGCCCCAUUGGCUUCGCCCGGCUACCCCGCGCCCAGCCCGUUGGCUCUGGGCCAGCAGGCGUUCCAGUUCCCGAUCCAGCAAACGCAAUUCCAGGCAAACAACCCCUUUGGGCAGCAGAUGCAGAUGGGCAUGGGACAGCAGCAGAUGGGCAUGCUCUCCCCCGGCUCGGCGGGCGUUAGUCCCAUGCACACUGGGUCCCCGAUGCACACGGGCAUGUCGAAUGGGAUGAAUGGCAUGUACAACGGCAUGCCCAACGGCGCGAACGGAAUGAUGGCCUCGCCUGGCGGCAUGGGCUCGAACUCGCUCUCGCCGAAUGGGUACGGCAUGAACGCGAUGAACACGGGCAUGUCGAACAUGGGCGGCAUCAGCAACUCGAUGUCCAUGAACGGCAUGAGCGCCAUGGCGGGCACGAGUCCUGGCGGGUUCGGGGGGCAGAUGAACGGCAUGUCGCACGGUAUGAACGGGGGGAUGGGAAUGAACGGCAUGGGCAUGGGCCAGCAGCAGUACCAGUAUGGCGCGGGCUUCAUGUGA